AUGGCCGAUCAGACGUUCGCAGUGGCACCAACUAGACCACCACCACCUCCAAUGAGAAUCCCGACGAUCGAUGAGCCAGCAAUUUUGAAGCAACAAUCCGAGCAGCUCAGUUCUCCAGCAACAUCUGGAGCUGACUUCGAAACCUCAUUUGAUCAAGAACCGGUUGCCGAACCAGUGGAGGAAGCCCUGACUCAGGAGGAGCUUGACCAUAUUGCUCAGAUCCAGUCGAUGGCCGAUCAGACGUUCACAGUGGCACCAACUAGACCACCACCACCUCCACCUCCAAUGAGAAUCCCGACGAUCGAUGAGCCAGCAAUUUUGAAGCAACAAUCCGAGCAGCUCAGUUCUCCAGCAACAUCUGGAGCUGACUUCAAAACCUCAUUUGAUCAAGAACCGGUUGCCGAACCAGUGGAGGAAGCCCUGACUCAGGAGGAGCUUGACCAUAUUGCUCAGAUCCAGUCGAUGGCCGAUCAGACGUUCGCAGUGGCACCAACUAGACCACCUCCACCUCCACCUCCAAUGAGAAUCCCGACGAUCGAUGAGCCAGCAAUUCUGAAGCAACAAUCCGAGCAGCUCAGUUCUCCAGCAACAUCUGGAGCUGACUUCAAAACCUCAUUUGAUCAAGAACCGGUUGCCGAACCAGUGGAGGAAGCCCUGACUCAGGAGGAGCUUGACCAUAUUGCUCAGAUCCAGUCGAUGGCCGAUCAGACGUUCACAGUGGCACCAUCUAGACCACCACCACCUCCACCCCCAAUGAGAAUCCCGACGAUCGAUGAGCCAGCAAUUCUGAAGCAACAAUCCGAGCAGCUCAGUUCUCCAGCAACAUCUGGAGCUGACUUCGAAACCUCAUUUGAUCAAGAACCGGUUGCCGAACCAGUGGAGGAAGCCCUGACUCAGGAGGAGCUUGACCAUAUUGCUCAGAUCCAGUCGAUGGCCGAUCAGACGUUCGCAGUGGCACCAACUAGACCACCACCACCUCCAAUGAGAAUCCCGACGAUCGAUGAGCCAGCAAUUUUGAAGCAACAAUCCGAGCAGCUCAGUUCUCCAGCAACAUCUGGAGCUGACUUCGAAACCUCAUUUGAUCAAGAACCGGUUGCCGAACCAGUGGAGGAAGCCCUGACUCAGGAGGAGCUUGACCAUAUUGCUCAGAUCCAGUCGAUGGCCGAUCAGACGUUCACAGUGGCACCAACUAGACCACCACCACCUCCAAUGAGAAUCCCGACGAUCGAUGAGCCAGCAAUUUUGAAGCAACAAUCCGAGCAGCUCAGUUCUCCAGCAACAUCUGGAGCUGACUUCGAAACCUCAUUUGAUCAAGAACCGGUUGCCGAACCAGUGGAGGAAGCCCUGACUCAGGAGGAGCUUGACCAUAUUGCUCAGAUCCAGUCGAUGGCCGAUCAGACGUUCGCAGUGGCACCAACUAGACCACCACCACCUCCAAUGAGAAUCCCGACGAUCGAUGAGCCAGCAAUUUUGAAGCAACAAUCCGAGCAGCUCAGUUCUCCAGCAACAUCUGGAGCUGACUUCGAAACCUCAUUUGAUCAAGAACCGGUUGCCGAACCAGUGGAGGAAGCCCUGACUCAGGAGGAGCUUGACCAUAUUGCUCAGAUCCAGUCGAUGGCCGAUCAGACGUUCGCAGUGGCACCAUCUAGACCACCACCACCUCCACCUCUAAUGAGAAUCCCGACGAUCGAUGAGCCAGCAAUUUUGAAGCAACAAUCCGAGCAGCUCAGUUCUCCAGCAACAUCUGGAGCUGACUUCGAAACCUCAUUUGAUCAAGAACCGGUUGCCGAACCAGUGGAGGAAGCCCUGACUCAGGAGGAGCUUGACCAUAUUGCUCAGAUUCAGUCGAUGGCUGAUCAGACGUUCGCAGUGGCACCAUCUAGACCACCACCACCUCCACCUCUAAUGAGAAUCCCGACGAUCGAUGAGCCAGCAAUUUUGAAGCAACAAUCCGAGCAGCUCAGUUCUCCAGCAACAUCUGGAGCUGACUUCGAAACCUCAUUUGAUCAAGAACCGGUUGCCGAACCAGUGGAGGAAGCCCUGACUCAGGAGGAGCUUGACCAUAUUGCUCAGAUUCAGUCGAUGGCUGAUCAGACGUUCGCAGUGGCACCAUCUAGACCACCACCACCUCCACCUCCAAUGAGAAUCCCGACGGUCGAUGAGCCAGCAAUUCUGAAGCAACAAUCCGAGCAGCUCAGUUCUCCAGCAACAUCUGGAGCUGACUUCGAAACCUCAUUUGAUCAAGAACCGGUUGCCGAACCAGUGGAGGAAGCCCUGACUCAGGGGGAGCUUGACCAUAUUGCUCAGAUUCAGUCGAUGGCUGAUCAGACGUUCGCAGUGGCACCAUCUAGACCACCACCACCUCCACCUCCAAUGAGAAUCCCGACGGUCGAUGAGCCAGCAAUUCUGAAGCAACAAUCCGAGCAGCUCAGUUCUCCAGCAACAUCUGGAGCUGACUUCGAAACCUCAUUUGAUCAAGAACCGGUUGCCGAACCAGUGGAGGAAGCCCUGACUCAGGAGGAGCUUGACCAUAUUGCUCAGAUUCAGUCGAUGGCCGAUCAGACGUUCGCAGUGGCACCAACUAGACCACCACCACCUCCAAUGAGAAUCCCGACGAUCGAUGAGCCAGCAAUUUUGAAGCAACAAUCCGAGCAGCUCAGUUCUCCAGCAACAUCUGGAGCUGACUUCGAAACCUCAUUUGAUCAAGAACCGGUUGCCGAACCAGUGGAGGAAGCCCUGACUCAGGAGGAGCUUGACCAUAUUGCUCAGAUUCAGUCGAUGGCCGAUCAGACGUUCGCAGUGGCACCAACUAGACCACCACCACCUCCAAUGAGAAUCCCGACGAUCGAUGAGCCAGCAAUUUUGAAGCAACAAUCCGAGCAGCUCAGUUCUCCAGCAACAUCUGGAGCUGACUUCGAAACCUCAUUUGAUCAAGAACCGGUUGCCGAACCAGUGGAGGAAGCCCUGACUCAGGAGGAGCUUGACCAUAUUGCUCAGAUUCAGUCGAUGGCCGAUCAGACGUUCGCAGUGGCACCAACUAGACCACCACCACCUCCAAUGAGAAUCCCGACGAUCGAUGAGCCAGCAAUUUUGAAGCAACAAUCCGAGCAGCUCAGUUCUCCAGCAACAUCUGGAGCUGACUUCGAAACCUCAUUUGAUCAAGAACCGGUUGCCGAACCAGUGGAGGAAGCCCUGACUCAGGAGGAGCUUGACCAUAUUGCUCAGAUUCAGUCGAUGGCCGAUCAGACGUUCGCAGUGGCACCAACUAGACCACCACCACCUCCAAUGAGAAUCCCGACGAUCGAUGAGCCAGCAAUUUUGAAGCAACAAUCCGAGCAGCUCAGUUCUCCAGCAACAUCUGGAGCUGACUUCGAAACCUCAUUUGAUCAAGAACCGGUUGCCGAACCAGUGGAGGAAGCCCUGACUCAGGAGGAGCUUGACCAUAUUGCUCAGAUCCAGUCGAUGGCCGAUCAGACGUUCGCAGUGGCACCAACUAGACCACCUCCACCUCCAAUGAGAAUCCCGACGAUCGAUGAGCCAGCAAUUCUGAAGCAACAAUCCGAGCAGCUCAGUUCUCCAGCAACAUCUGGAGCUGACUUCGAAACCUCAUUUGAUCAAGAACCGGUUGCCGAACCAGUGGAGGAAGCCAUGACUCAAGAGGAGCUUGACCAUAUUGCUCAGAUCCAGUCGAUGGCCGAUCAGACGUUCGCAGUGGCACCAACUAGACCACCUCAACCUCCAAUGAGAAUCCCGACGAUCGAUGAGCCAGCAAUUCUGAAGCAACAAUCCGAGCAGCUCAGUUCUCCAGCAACAUCUGGAGCUGACUUCGAAACCUCAUUUGAUCAAGGACCGAUUGCUGAACCAGUGGAGGAAGCCCUGACACAGGAGGAGCUUGACCAUAUUGCUCAGAUUCAGUCGAUGGCUGAUCAGACGUUCGCAGUGGCACCAUCUAGACCACCACCACCUCCACCUCCAAUGAGAAUCCCGACGAUCGAUGAGCCAGCAAUUCUGAAGCAACAAUCAGAGCAGCUCAGUUCUCCAGCAACAUCUGGAGCUGACUUCGAAACCUCAUUUGAUCAAGGACCGAUUGCUGAACCAGUGGAGGAAGCCCUGACUCAGGAGGAGCUUGACCAUAUUGCUCAGAUCCAGUCGAUGGCCGAUCAGACGUUCGCAGUGGCACCAACUAGACCACCUCCACCUCCACCUCCAAUGAGAAUCCCGACGAUCGAUGAGCCAGCAAUUCUGAAGCAACAAUCCGAGCAGCUCAGUUCUCCAGCAACAUCUGGAGCUGACUUCGAAACCUCAUUUGAUCAAGGACCGAUUGCUGAACCAGUGGAGGAAGCCCUGACUCAGGAGGAGCUUGACCAUAUUGCUCAGAUCCAGUCGAUGGCCGAUCAGACGUUCGCAGUGGCACCAACUAGACCACCUCCACCUCCACCUCCAAUGAGAAUCCCGACGAUCGAUGAGCCAGCAAUUCUGAAGCAACAAUCCGAGCAGCUCAGUUCUCCAGCAACAUCUGGAGCUGACUUCGAAACCUCAUUUGAUCAAGGACCGAUUGCUGAACCAGUGGAGGAAGCCCUGACUCAGGAGGAGCUUGACCAUAUUGCUCAGAUCCAGUCGAUGGCCGAUCAGACGUUCGCAGUGGCACCAACUAGACAACCUCCACCUCCACCUCCAAUGAGAAUCCCGACGAUCGAUGAGCCAGCAAUUCUGAAGCAACAAUCCGAGCAGCUCAGUUCUCCAGCAACAUCUGGAGCUGACUUCGAAACCUCAUUUGAUCAAGGACCGAUUGCUGAACCAGUGGAGGAAGCCCUGACUCAGGAGGAGCUUGACCAUAUUGCUCAGAUCCAGUCGAUGGCCGAUCAGACGUUCGCAGUGGCACCAACUAGACCACCUCCACCUCCACCUCCAAUGAGAAUCCCGACGAUCGAUGAGCCAGCAAUUCUGAAGCAACAAUCCGAGCAGCUCAGUUCUCCAGCAACAUCUGGAGCUGACUUCGAAACCUCAUUUGAUCAAGGACCGAUUGCUGAACCAGUGGAGGAAGCCCUGACUCAGGAGGAGCUUGACCAUAUUGCUCAGAUCCAGUCGAUGGCCGAUCAGACGUUCGCAGUGGCACCAACUAGACCACCUCCACCUCCACCUCCAAUGAGAAUCCCGACGAUCGAUGAGCCAGCAAUUCUGAAGCAACAAUCCGAGCAGCUCAGUUCUCCAGCAACAUCUGGAGCUGACUUCGAAACCUCAUUUGAUCAAGGACCGAUUGCUGAACCAGUGGAGGAAGCCCUGACUCAGGAGGAGCUUGACCAUAUUGCUCAGAUUCAGUCGAUGGCUGAUCAGACGUUCGCAGUGGCACCAACUAGACAACCUCCACCUCCACCUCCAAUGAGAAUCCCGACGAUCGAUGAGCCAGCAAUUCUGAAGCAACAAUCCGAGCAGCUCAGUUCUCCAGCAACAUCUGGAGCUGACUUCGAAACCUCAUUUGAUCAAGGACCGAUUGCUGAACCAGUGGAGGAAGCCCUGACUCAGGAGGAGCUUGACCAUAUUGCUCAGAUUCAGUCGAUGGCUGAUCAGACGUUCGCAGUGGCACCAAGUAGACAACCUCCACCUCCACCUCCAAUGAGAAUCCCGACGAUCGAUGAGCCAGCAAUUCUGAAGCAACAAUCCGAGCAGCUCAGUUCUCCAGCAACAUCUGGAGCUGACUUCGAAACCUCAUUUGAUCAAGGACCGAUUGCUGAACCAGUGGAGGAAGCCCUGACUCAGGAGGAGCUUGACCAUAUUGCUCAGAUCCAGUCGAUGGCCGAUCAGACGUUCGCAGUGGCACCAACUAGACCACCUCCACCUCCACCUCCAAUGAGAAUCCCGACGAUCGAUGAGCCAGCAAUUCUGAAGCAACAAUCCGAGCAGCUCAGUUCUCCAGCAACAUCUGGAGCUGACUUCGAAACCUCAUUUGAUCAAGGACCGAUUGCUGAACCAGUGGAGGAAGCCCUGACUCAGGAGGAGCUUGACCAUAUUGCUCAGAUCCAGUCGAUGGCCGAUCAGACGUUCGCAGUGGCACCAACUAGACAACCUCCACCUCCACCUCCAAUGAGAAUCCCGACGAUCGAUGAGCCAGCAAUUCUGAAGCAACAAUCCGAGCAGCUCAGUUCUCCAGCAACAUCUGGAGCUGACUUCGAAACCUCAUUUGAUCAAGGACCGAUUGCUGAACCAGUGGAGGAAGCCCUGACUCAGGAGGAGCUUGACCAUAUUGCUCAGAUUCAGUCGAUGGCUGAUCAGACGUUCGCAGUGGCACCAAGUAGACAACCUCCACCUCCACCUCCAAUGAGAAUCCCGACGAUCGAUGAGCCAGCAAUUCUGAAGCAACAAUCCGAGCAGCUCAGUUCUCCAGCAACAUCUGGAGCUGACUUCGAAACCUCAUUUGAUCAAGGACCGAUUGCUGAACCAGUGGAGGAAGCCCUGACUCAGGAGGAGCUUGACCAUAUUGCUCAGAUCCAGUCGAUGGCCGAUCAGACGUUCGCAGUGGCACCAACUAGACAACCUCCACCUCCACCUCCAAUGAGAAUCCCGACGAUCGAUGAGCCAGCAAUUCUGAAGCAACAAUCCGAGCAGCUCAGUUCUCCAGCAACAUCUGGAGCUGACUUCGAAACCUCAUUUGAUCAAGGACCGAUUGCUGAACCAGUGGAGGAAGCCCUGACUCAGGAGGAGCUUGACCAUAUUGCUCAGAUUCAGUCGAUGGCUGAUCAGACGUUCGCAGUGGCACCAUCUAGAUCACCACCACCUCCACCUCCAAUGAGAAUCCCGACGAUCGAUGAGCCAGCAAUUCUGAAGCAACAAUCCGAGCAGCUCAGUUCUCCAGCAACAUCUGGAGCUGACUUCGAAACCUCAUUUGAUCAAGGACCGAUUGCUGAACCAGUGGAGGAAGCCCUGACUCAGGAGGAGCUUGACCAUAUUGCUCAGAUCCAGUCGAUGGCCGAUCAGACGUUCGCAGUGGCACCAACUAGACCACCUCCACCUCCACCUCCAAUGAGAAUCCCGACGAUCGAUGAGCCAGCAAUUCUGAAGCAACAAUCCGAGCAGCUCAGUUCUCCAGCAACAUCUGGAGCUGACUUCGAAACCUCAUUUGAUCAAGGACCGAUUGCUGAACCAGUGGAGGAAGCCCUGACUCAGGAGGAGCUUGACCAUAUUGCUCAGAUUCAGUCGAUGGCUGAUCAGACGUUCGCAGUGGCACCAAGUAGACAACCUCCACCUCCACCUCCAAUGAGAAUCCCGACGAUCGAUGAGCCAGCAAUUCUGAAGCAACAAUCCGAGCAGCUCAGUUCUCCAGCAACAUCUGGAGCUGACUUCGAAACCUCAUUUGAUCAAGGACCGAUUGCUGAACCAGUGGAGGAAGCCCUGACUCAGGAGGAGCUUGACCAUAUUGCUCAGAUUCAGUCGAUGGCUGAUCAGACGUUCGCAGUGGCACCAUCUAGACCACCACCACCUCCACCUCCAAUGAGAAUCCCGACGAUCGAUGAGCCAGCAAUUCUGAAGCAACAAUCCGAGCAGCUCAGUUCUCCAGCAACAUCUGGAGCUGACAUCGAUACCUCAUUUGAUCAAGGACCGAUUGCUGAACCAGUGGAGGAAGCCCUGACUCAGGAGGAGCUUGACCAUAUUGCUCAGAUCCAGUCGAUGGCCGAUCAGACGUUCGCAGUGGCACCAACUAGACCACCUCCACCUCCACCUCCAAUGAGAAUCCCGACGAUCGAUGAGCCAGCAAUUCUGAAGCAACAAUCCGAGCAGCUCAGUUCUCCAGCAACAUCUGGAGCUGACUUCGAAACCUCAUUUGAUCAAGGACCGAUUGCUGAACCAGUGGAGGAAGCCCUGACUCAGGAGGAGCUUGACCAUAUUGCUCAGAUUCAGUCGAUGGCUGAUCAGACGUUCGCAGUGGCACCAUCUAGAUCACCACCACCUCCACCUCCAAUGAGAAUCCCGACGAUCGAUGAGCCAGCAAUUCUGAAGCAACAAUCCGAGCAGCUCAGUUCUCCAGCAACAUCUGGAGCUGACUUCGAAAACUCAUUUGAUCAAGAACCAAUUGCCGAACCAGUGGAGGAAGCCCUGACUCAGGAGGAGCUUGACCAUAUUGCUCAGAUUCAGUCGAUGGCUGAUCAGACGUUCGCAGUGGCACCAUCUAGACCACCACCACCUCCACCUCCAAUGAGAAUCCCGACGAUCGAUGAGCCAGCAAUUCUUAAGCAACAAUCCGAGCAGCUCAGUUCUCCAGCAACAUCUGGAGCUGACUUCGAAACCUCAUUUGAUCAAGGACCGAUUGCUGAACCAGUGGAGGAAGCCCUGACUCAGGAGGAGCUUGACCAUAUUGCUCAGAUUCAGUCGAUGACUGAUCAGACGUUCGCAGUGGCACCAACUAGACCACCACCACCUCCACCUCCAAUGAGAAUCCCGACGAUCGAUGAGCCAGCAAUUCUGAAGCAACAAUCCGAGCAGCUCUGUUCUCCAGCAACAUCUGGAGCUGACUUCGAAACCUCAUUUGAUCAAGAACCGGUUGCUGAACCAGUGGAGGAAGCCCUGACUCAGGAGGAGCUUGACCAUAUUGCUCAGAUUCAGUCGAUGGCUGAUCAGACGUUCGCAGUGGCACCAUCUAGACCACCACCACCUCCACCUCCAAUGAGAAUCCCGACGAUCGAUGAGCCAGCAAUUCUGAAGCAACAAUCCGAGCAGCUCAGUUCUCCAGCAACAUCUGGAGCUGACUUCGUAACCUCAUUUGAUCAAGAACCAAUUGCUGAACCAGUGGAGGAAGCCCUGACUCAGGAGGAGCUUGACCAUAUUGCUCAGAUUCAGUCGAUGACUGAUCAGACGUUCGCAGUGGCACCAACUAGACCACCACCACCUCCACCUCCAAUGAGAAUCCCGACGAUCGAUGAGCCAGCAAUUCUGAAGCAACAAUCCGAGCAGCUCUGUUCUCCAGCAACAUCUGGAGCUGACUUCGAAACCUCAUUUGAUCAAGAACCGGUUGCUGAACCAGUGGAGGAAGCCCUGACUCAGGAGGAGCUUGACCAUAUUGCUCAGAUUCAGUCGAUGGCUGAUCAGACGUUCGCAGUGGCACCAUCUAGACCACCACCACCUCCACCUCCAAUGAGAAUCCCGACGAUCGAUGAGCCAGCAAUUCUGAAGCAACAAUCCGAGCAGCUCAGUUCUCCAGCAACAUCUGGAGCUGACUUCGUAACCUCAUUUGAUCAAGAACCAAUUGCUGAACCAGUGGAGGAAGCCCUGACUCAGGAGGAGCUUGACCAUAUUGCUCAGAUUCAGUCGAUGGCUGAUCAGACGUUCGCAGUGGCACCAUCUAGACCACCACCACCUCCACCUCCAAUGAGAAUCCCGACGAUCGAUGAGCCAGCAAUUCUGAAGCAACAAUCCGAGCAGCUCAGUUCUCCAGCAACAUCUGGAGCUGACUUCGUAACCUCAUUUGAUCAAGAACCAAUUGCCGAACCAGUGGAGAAAGCCCUGACUCAGGAGGAGCUUGACCAUAUUGCUCAGAUUCAGUCGAUGGCUGAUCAGACGUUCGCAGUGGCACCAUCUAGACCACCACCACCUCCACCUCCAAUGAGAAUCCCGACGAUCGAUGAGCCAGCAAUUCUGAAGCAACAAUCCGAGCAGCUCAGUUCUCCAGCAACAUCUGGAGCUGACUUCGUAACCUCAUUUGAUCAAGAACCAAUUGCCGAACCAGUGGAGAAAGCCCUGACUCAGGAGGAGCUUGACCAUAUUGCUCAGAUUCAGUCGAUGGCUGAUCAGACGUUCGCAGUGGCACCAUCUAGACCACCACCACCUCCACCUCCAAUGAGAAUCCCGACGAUCGAUGAGCCAGCAAUUCUGAAGCAACAAUCCGAGCAGCUCAGUUCUCCAGCAACAUCUGGAGCUGACUUCGUAACCUCAUUUGAUCAAGAACCAAUUGCCGAACCAGUGGAGGAAGCCCUGACUCAGGAGGAGCUUGACCAUAUUGCUCAGAUUCAGUCAAUGGCUGAUCAGACGUUCGCAGUGGCACCAUCUAGACCACCACCACCUCCACCUCCAAUGAGAAUCCCGACGAUCGAUGAGCCAGCAAUUCUGAAGCAACAAUCCGAGCAGCUCAGUUCUCCAGCAACAUCUGGAGCUGACUUCGAAACCUCAUUUGAUCAAGGACCGAUUGCUGAACCAGUGGGGGAAGCCCUGACUCAGCUUGAAGAUGAAGUGCAUUUAUCAAGUCUUGAUAGCUUUGUAGCAAAAUCUUGCGAACUACCACUGACGCAAGUAUCGAUGCUGAUUCAAAAUCCUAUCCCGGAUUCAUGUGUUAGUUCAUAUUUUGACUUGUUUAGUCACCACUCGGAAUUCUUAAAUACCCCUAUCAAAGAAGAUUGCACGAAAAUGGGUAUUGACAAUUUAUCGGAAUUAACUCAGGAAGAAUUAGAUCAUAUUGCGAGAGUACGAGAGCUAGCAGAGAAGUCGUUCAUGGAAGCUUCGAAAGUCACAGCGUUUGUUCCACUCCCAUCGCAACUAGCAGAAUCCCCGCUGCAUAUCUCCGAAUCGCUUUUUCCAGACGUCGAAGAUGUUUCUGGAAGCGAUAACCAUGCGGAUAAAUCCUCGUCAGAACUCACACAAGAGGAAAUCGAUCACAUUGCAAUGGUUCAAGAAAAAGCGUUUUCUUCGUUUAUUCAAGCUUCAAAGAAAUCGGUGCAUGUUCCUUUAAAACUUCAAAGAGUGAAGCAAUAUUCGAUCGAUGCGAACGCCGAAGAUGAUGAAGUGAUUGUGGACAAAAGUUUAUCGAUGGUCCAGACAUGGGAACAUGUUGCAGUUCCGAUGGAACUCAAAUCAACAAUUGUUCUUUCAAAAUCACCGAAUACGUUAAAAAUCGAAGAAGAAGAAGAAGAAGAGCCCGCUCAGCUGGAUGAUCAUGUUUUGACGAAUGAAUUGAUAACCACAAAUGCAAAAUCUGAAAAGUUGCCAUUCCCAGAAACAUCGAUCAUAGUUCAGAAUGCAUUACAAGAUUCCCUUGUGAGUGACACUACUCUUGAUUUCGAGGUUCAAUCGGAAAACAUUACGAGACCUUCCACUCAUUCCGCUCGACCAAUUGCUUGUCCAGAUAAUGUUGUUACCGACAUUGUUAUGGUUCAAACCGUCUUCUCGGAUCAAGUUCCCAUUAUUGACAAUCUUGAACAUUCCUCUGUAAUACCUUAUGUGGAGGUUCGCAUUAACAAUCAGAAUUCUUUGGAAGACGACGAAGAACUUGAUGAGAAGUCAGACACAACAUCUGGUGCGGAUGACAUUAAUCCAUUGUAUGAUCGGACUACCCCGCUGCUGGGUGAAGAAGACGAAAGUGAUCAAGAGCUGCUGCAUAGCACCACAAAUAGGAUAACUCGGCAAAACACGUCAGCUGACGUUGAAUCGAUUGAUUCACACGACGAGGCUAUUUCACCAUCAAGGGGAGAGAGUUUGCUUUAUGAAGACGAUAAUAGAUCGAUUAAAGUACCAGUUGAAGAUGAAUUUGGAUUGACGCAGGCCGAACUUGAGGAGAUUGCACAGAUUGCUGAAAGUGCAAAUCGCAGUAAGAAUCCCCAGCCAGAACUGUUUGGAAAAGUGACAACGAAGCCAUUCGAGAAGAAAAACGAAACCGAACUCACUCAAGAAGAACUCGAUCAUUUUGCAAGGAUUACGGAAAUGGCGAAUCAAAUGGAUGCGAGUCACCAUGAGAUUCCUCCAGUUGGAUCCGAAUUGACUCAAGAAGAGCUGGACCACAUUGCAAAGAUAUCAGCGAUGGCAACCGGGGAAACCCCAAUACUUGGUUCUGCUCGAGUCGAACCAACGAUCCGACCAGUUGAGCCCGAAUUGACUCAAGAAGAGCUGGAUCAUAUUGCUCGAGUAGCAGAAAUGGCGAACGAAAUGGAAGCAACAGUAACUCGAGAUAAACCACAAACUACUGGAACAGCGGAGCCCGAGCUCACACAAGAAGAGCUGGACCACAUUGCGAAGAUUGCUGCAAUGGCAAACGAGAUGGAAUCAGUUGUCCAGCCGACCUCACAGGUAUUAAAAUCAACAGAGCCUGAACUUACACAAGAAGAGCUGGAGCACAUUGCUAGAGUUGCUGAAAUGGCAAACCAGAUGGAACAAUCAGAAUAUCAAUUUGCAAUGAGUGUGGAGCCUGAAUUGACACAAGAGGAACUCGAACAUAUUGCGCGAAUUGCGGAGAUGGCCAAUCAAAUGGAAUCAUCCAUUCCACCAGUGCCCGUCAUUCAGAAAUCAACAGAAACAAAACUUACACAGGAAGAACUAGAUCAUAUUGCUCGGAUCAAUGAAAUGGCUUCUCAAAUGGAUGCUUCAAAUCCAAUUGAGCCUCGUCUAACUCAAGAGGAAUUAGAUCACAUCGCGAGGGUUUCGAGAAUGGCAAAUGAAUUCAACGAACCAGUUUAUUUGAAAGAAAAAUAUGAAGACUUUGGACGGUCAACUGACACUUCUGGAGCCGACGAAAACAUUGCGGAAAUUGAUAACUCGCGUGAAGCUUUUUCAAGUGCUCCUGCAAUCAUCGUCUCAAUUGUGAGACAUGAACUUUCAAUGAAUCUGGCUGUCUCAGAAAACAUACAGCAUCCAAUAGAAUUCGUAGCAAACAUUGUUCCACCUACACCAGUCGUUGAAAGAGCACCAGAAAAACAAAUUGAUUAUUUCAAUCCUGUCAGCGACGACAACGAAGACUUGAUCAAGAAAGAUUCGUCUGACGAUUAUUCAGAAGCGACGUCUGGAGCAGAUUUUAAUAUUGACGGAAGUGAAGAUUACUUGAGGCAUAACGACUUUGAAACGGAAUCAAUUCACAAUGAUUGGCUUGAUAAAGAAGCAUCAUUGGAAAAUCCGACGGGAAUUGUUGAAGCUGAUCAGCAAGAGGAGAACCUCAAAAUCCAGAAACAACUAUCAGAGACUACAACUUCAGAAGCAACUUCUGGGGCAGACAUCGAUGAUCAAGAACUAUAUGAACGCACUACUCCACUACUUGAUGAGAACGAAUUGAUAUUUGAUGACAGCGAAGAACAAAAACGGGAUGAAGAAGCAAAAAUGUCGUAUCAAGUAGUGACAGGAUGGCCAGCAACAUUCGAUGAGAUAACAACGACUACCGCUGCUGGGAUUGAAAUUCAAUCAAUGGAUGUCGAGGAGACGCCGAUUCUUGGAAGACAGUCGCAAUCAACGGAUACUUCUGAAGCAGAUUCCGAAGAAAUUCAGAAGAGCAUGGAAUCUGAAGUCGACCAAGAACCAACCAAUGACAUUACGAUGAAAAGUUCAUUAUCACAGAAUAUCAUUCAUUCGGAAUAUGUCGAGCAUGUUGAACAACACUCGUCCAAAAUUGUGCCUCCAGUACCGGUUGUCGUCGGACUCACGCAAGAAGAGCUGGACCACAUUGCAAGGAUAUCAGCGAUGGCAACCGAGGAAACCCCAAUACUUGGUUCUGCUCGAGUCGAACCAACGAUCCGACCAGUUGAGCCCGAAUUGACUCAAGAAGAGCUGGAUCAUAUUGCUCGAGUAGCAGAAAUGGCGAACGAAAUGGAAGCAACAGUAACUCGAGAUAAACCACAAACUACUGGAACAGCGGAGCCCGAGCUCACACAAGAAGAGCUGGAGCACAUUGCGAUGAUUGCUGCAAUGCCAAACGAGAUGGAAUCAGUUGUCCAGCCGACUUCACAGGUACUAAAAUCAACAGAUCCUGAACAUACACAAGAGGAGCUGGAGCACAUUGCUAAGGUUGCUGCAAUGGCAAACCAGAUGGAACAAUCAGAAUAUCAAUUUGCAAUGAGUGUGGAACCUGAAUUGACACAAGAGGAACUCGAACAUAUUGCGCGAAUUGCGGAGAUGGCCAAUCAAAUGGAAUCAUCCAUUCCACCAGUGCCCGUCAUUCAGAAAUCAACAGACGUUCCAAUUCUUGAAAGACAACAACCUGUUUUGAGGAAUAUGUCAAGAGAAAAUAUCCGUCGCCACGUCGAAAACGAAUUCCCUGUAGUAUUAAAGAGAAAUGAUUCGGAAUCAAGUGCAACGUCAGGGGCCGAUUUCGAAAGAUCUGAAAAUAACGAAUUGGGGUCAUUUGAAGAAUUAACAUAUGAACGUUAUGAGGAUCCUGAGCCUAUCAAUGAAACAAUUUUGUACAACUCAAUUGAUUCUCAGAAAGUUGGUUCAGAAGAGGUUAAAACGCGGGCAUCAGAAUCAUCAAACGUCAUUCCCGCUUGUGUUCCUUUCGAUGACACGACUAAAUAUGAGUCAGAGCACGGUGGCAAGAAUCACGAGAUGCCAUUGAUUCAAUCCGGAGGAAUUGAGUCGAAUGUGCGACAAGAAUCUGAAUCAAGUGCAACUUCUGAAGCUGACGAAUCGGAGAAAAUUGAAUUAUCUGAUGCAGAGGAAAGAAAAGAAUUUAACAGAAUAACACCAGCCGAUGAUUCGAUUAUAAGAGAAACAAUUUCUAUGGAUAAAUCGAAUGCAGAAAAUAUGAAAAAUCCCAUUAUCAAUUUCGCCAAGAUUUCUCCAGUUGUUCCAGUGAAUCAGUCUUAUACUCAAGAAGAGCUCGAUGAUAUUGUACGUGUACAAGAGAUGAAUCGAUUCUCGAAUGUUCGAAUACACUCUCAGCGAGGGAUGGAUGUCAACACAGAUGUCGAAAAUGAAUCAGAAACGCCAAUUUCUUCCGGCCAAACUCAAGAAGAAAUCAUUCAUAUUAGGGAUAGACAAAAAUUGGCCGACCAUCAAUCGUCGACCGUUGAAAAACAAUACUCAAAUUCGAGUGCGACGUCAGGAGCAGAUGACCUAGAGAGCACAUCAAGCUCGCCGUUGUUUGCGGAAACAAAUGAGUUGACACAAGAGGAAUUGGACCACAUUGCGCGCAUUGAAAAAAUGGCUGAGCAAACGAUGUUUGAGAAACGAGGCGGCCUCUCAUUUGCAGCCAAACUAAUUUCUGAUAGCUUUACGAACGACAACCUCAAUUCUACUUCCAUUUAUUCUGAAAACAUUAAGAGACCGUCUGAGAAUAUUUCGAACAUUGUUCCUCCAAUCCCACUUGCUGAAGGAUUAGCACAAGAAGAAAUUGAUCAUAUAUCAAGAAUGCAAUCAAUGGAUGUCGAGGAGACGCCGAUUCUUGGAAGACAGUCUCAAUCAACGGAUACUUCUGAAGCAGAUUCCGAUGAAAUUCAAAAGAGCAUGGAAUCUGAUGUCGAUGAAGAACCAACCAAUGACAUUACGAUGAAAAGUUCAUUAUCACAGAAUAUCAUUCAUUCGGAAUAUGUCGAGCAUGUUGAACAACACUCGUCCAAAAUUGUGCCUCCAGUACCGGUUGUCGUCGGACUCACGCAAGAAGAGCUGGACCACAUUGCAAGGAUAUCAGCGAUGGCAACCGAGGAAAUCCCAAUACUUGGUUCUGCUCGAGUCGAACCAACGAUCCGACCAGUUGAGCCUGAAUUGACUCAAGAAGAGCUGGAUCAUAUUGCUCGAGUAGCAGAAAUGGCGAACGAAAUGGAAGCAACAGUAACUCGAGAUAAACCACAAACUACUGGAACAGCGGAGCCCGAGCUCACACAAGAAGAGCUGGAGCACAUUGCGAAGAUUGCUGCAAUGGCAAACGAGAUGGAAUCAGUUGUCCAGCCGACUUCACAGGUACUAAAAUCAACAGAGCCUGAACUUACACAAGAGGAGCUGGAGCACAUUGCUAAUGUUGCUGCAAUGGCAAACGACAUGGAAACGCCCAUUCUCGGAAGACAUUGUUGGGAGAGACAGAGAACGAGCUCAAGUAGUCAAACUUCUGGAGCAGACGUAAAAGAUCAAUCAAUUUCUGAAGAAUUAACUCAAGACGAACUCGAUCGUAUUGAGCGAAUCCAGAAGAUAAGUGGCGAAAAUUCCCCGAUUGUUGAACGCCAAGAUUCAAGUGCAACGUCUGGAGCGGACGAUGUCGAUGAUUCAAGUCUCUUCGAAGAGCAUUCGUCACUCAAAUCAACCAAUCUGAACGAUGAAAUUGUUUCACAUAGGAUGGAGAGCCAGCAGAUUCAAGCUUCUGCAAAACCGUGUCCUACCGUUUAUAUUGACAAUUCAGCUGUUCUGAAGCAACACUCAAACGAGUCUGCUUCAAGUGUUACAUCAGCUGCAGAUUUGUUUAAUGAUUCCGAUGCUUUAUAUGAAAGAACUACACCAUUAUUGGAAGACGAUUAUGAAGAUUAUGAUGAUUAUUAUAAUGAUGGAUUGAUCGAAGAAGAAAUUGUUCAUUAUGUUCUUCCAACGAUCUUGGAACAAUCGGAAAGUAUUGACCAGCCAUAUGAAUACGAAGCAAAACUGGUAUCACCGGAUGAAGAAUAUAAGACGAUGAAAUCAACUGAAAACGAGUUUGAAGAACCCGAAUGUGACGGUUCUUCUUUAACAAAAGAAGAACUAGAGCAUAUAGCCAGAAUUGAGCGAUUAGCGGAAGAAGAAUCACCAAUUGGUGAACAAACAGAAUUGACUCAAGAAGACUCCGAACAUGUCGCUAAAGUUAAGGCCAUGGCAGACGAAGAGCUUGACGAUAUCGUAUCAAUGGACACUGAGAAGAAGGAGCGAGUGCCGAGUGAAUUCCGGCGAACUUCAAUCACAUAUACAUCGCAAUUCUCACCAUCCAUCAUCCGGGAUUUACGGUCAUCAAGCUCAUUUCCAAGUGUGGAUGACAAUGGGGAGAAUUUAUCGCGACGACAGCUCAACAGAGAAUCAAGUGUUCAAGUCGUCUACACCGAUCACAGUCUUCGCGAUAUGCAAUCGAUCAGCAUUUCGCAAGAUCAAAUGACCGAUUACGUGGACACUGAUAGCUACGAAUAUGAAAUCGCAAAAUCAAACAUUGUCGAUAAAUACGUUCUGGAACAAUCGGAGAUUCGGCGAUCUGAAACCGCGUUGAGAAGAGCGAUGAGUGCCGCAGACGGCCAACAACAGCCAAAUAUUGACAACGAGGGUGUAAAACACACCCAGAGCCAUGAUCAAAUUAGAAGGCCAAACGCAUAUGAGCUGUGUGAGCAACACAGCUUCACGCAUGCUCAUCCACUCUUAUGUAACGUCGAUUUCUUGUGGCGUCUCAAUUUCGCCGCCAACCGAAUGACCGAAGAGAUUGCCGAAGAGGCGGGUCGCGAAUUACGUGCCCACUAUCGAAAUGUCUCCAAUCCGCGCGCUCGCUAUUUUUCGGACGCUUAUUUCGACGGAGCCUCCGACGACGAGGAGGAGCACGACGAAAGCGCACCAGCGGCAUUUGUUGUGGAGCCUGUCAGACAGGAACCUCAGUAUGGCUUCUUCUCAUUCUUCAGCUCAUCAAAGAAGAACGUAGCGGAUCGGCCUCGAUCUGCACUCGCCAUGUUCACAUCGAACACACCAUCGCCUCGAAAGGAAUCCGAAGAUCGUGGAGAUAUUCUCAAUUUGCUCAGAAGAUCAUCCGGUGCUGAUUCUCGAGCUUCCAAUGAUUCCUCGAAAUUGGAUAAUGUGUUAUCAGGAUUGUCGGAUUCUGAAAAAGCGCAUAUCAUAUCAGUGAUAAAUCGUUCGAAUCGUUCACAAUCGCCGAUCGCUUCGAGACGAUGCUCGUCGGCUCUUCAGAUUCUUCCUGAAGUCGACAACAUAUCCGACGCGGAACGCGAACACAUUCAGAACAUUCUCGUCAAGGCUGAAUCUAAAACGCCAUAUAUGAUAAGGUUGCCGAUGAAGAAGCAAUUCUCAUCGAGAACCGAAUCCACAAAUUCAAGAAUGUCGAGUGAAGGAAUUGAUGAAGAAGGUACACAAGAAUCGAUGAUUGAGCCGAUUCCGGAGAUGCCGUCGAGAGCACCGACACCGAGGAACCACAAUAACCUGCGAGUGGUGCCUCCGCCGAUUGCAAUCUCCCAUCCGACGCCGCCACAGUCGGGCAAGACUGACUCUUCGAAGCCCAGCAGUGGCGGUUCGACAACGCAGUUCGGAUUUUCUACACCGUCAAUUUCCGGAAUACGUAUAUUCUUCGACAAAGCGAAAACUGCUGUCAAGGAAAUGACCGAUGAACCACCAUCGGAAGCAUCGACUAAAAAGAAUGAGCAGUGCGAUCUGACAGCCGAAGAGCUUGAGCAUAUCCAAAAGAUGGCGAGCCUUGCUGAGAAAAUGGAUGAAGAGAGACAACCAGCGAAACGGGAGAACGUGAUACAGUCCAUAUUUGGAAAGGCGACGCAGUCUGUCAAGACGGGAUUAGCGAGUCUGGAAAAUGCGUUGGAAGGGGAAGAAUUGACGGACGUCGAGAGUUCCGAAACUGGAUCGGCAUCAGAGUUUGGUUCUGAAGAUGGACGAGAUAGACAUGAUGGAUUAACACAAGAAGAGUUGGACCAUAUUGCGAAAGUUGCGGCUAUGGCGGAUCAAGAUUUUAAACCAAAACAUUCGAUUGGUCAGAAGCAGGAGUUGACUCAAGAAGAAAUGGAUCACAUUGCGAGAGUUGCUGCAAUGGCAGAAAGUGAACAAAUUCCAAAGAUUAUUCCUCCUAAUGAUGCGGGAUUGACACAAGAAGAGCUAGAUCAUAUUGCGAGGGUGACGGCCAUGGCUGAUCAAAUGGAAGCAACGUCUGCACCAAUUGUCUCCACAAGGCCUUCGGAGCCUGAGCUGACACAAGAAGAGCUAGAUCACAUUGCUAAAGUUGCCCAAAUGGAUAUUUCGAUGUCAUCACAGAAACCAACUAUUUCCGAGCCCGAGUUAACAAAAGAAGAACUGGAACAUAUUGCGAGAGUCGCACAACUGGCAAAUGAAAUGGAUGAGGAAAAAGCAAUUCAGAAACAAUCAGAACCAGAGCUCACUCAAGAAGAACUCGAUCAUAUUGCAAGGAUUACGGAAAUGGCGAAUCAAAUGGAUGCGAGUCACCAAGCGAUUCUUCCAGUUGGAUCCGAAUUGACUCAAGAAGAGCUGGACCACAUUGCAAGGAUAUCAGCGAUGGCAAGCGAAGAAACCCCAAUACUUGGUUCUGCUCGAGUCGAACCAACGAUCCGACCAGUUGAGCCCGAAUUGACUCAAGAAGAGCUGGACCACAUUGCAAGGAUAUCAGCGAUGGCGAACGAAAUGGAAGCAAUUCUGGAGCACAUUGCGAAGAUUGCUGCAAUGGCAAACGAGAUGGAAUCAGCUGUCCAGCCGACUUCACAGGUGCCAAAAUCAACAGAUCCUGAACUUAUACAAGCGGAGCUGGAGCACAUUGCUAAAGUUGCUGCAAUGGCAAACGAGAUGGAACAAUCAGAAUAUCAAUCAACAAAGAGUGUGGAACCUGAAUUGACGCAAGAGGAACUCGAACAUAUUGCGCGAAUUGCGGAGAUGGCCAAUCAAAUGGAAUCAUCCAUUCCACCAGUGCCCGUCAUUCAGAAAUCAACAGAAACAAAACUUACACAGGAAGAACUAGAUCAUAUUGCUCGGAUCAAUGAAAUGGCUUCUCAAAUGGAUGCUUCAAAUCCAAUUGAGCCUCGUCUAACUCAAGAGGAAUUAGAUCACAUCGCGAGGGUUUCGAGAAUGGCAAAUGAAUUCAACGAACCAGUUUAUUUGGAGCAAGAUCGGGCUGCUAAAAAAGAUGACGAAUCUGAAGUUCACGAACUCGAAACGGAAGAAAAUGUUCCGAAAAUUCAAGUGAAUUCUGACGUAACGGAUGAGCAACCACUUGACGAGCCAGCGAGCUCUGUGCAUCCGAGCAACGACCAAUGGCAGCCGGAGAGUGCACUUGACACCCAUCAAAAUAAGGAAAUGUCGACGUCGACCUCUGCCGGUUCAAUGGCAUCAAGGAAGAGCAGCGAGUUCGACAUUCGAAGUGUCUCCGAAUUCCGAAGGGAAUCUGAAGCCGAAAUUGGCAAAUGGUACGAGGAACAAUUGGAGUUCAUGCGGCAAUCAAUCCAAGACGAAGACGAUGUUCAAGAUUCAAAUGAAGAUUAUGCCCCCGAAUAUGUUCGCGAUCAACUCGAACUUGGAGGUAUCCCGACGCCGUUCGCCACCGGAAACACCAACGAUAAUGUUAUGGCGUCAAAUACGAUGUGGCGAAGUGUUGGUGUCGAUGAGACGCCGACAGCGAUGGCGCAUACAUCGGCAGACAAGCAGCGUGACGAAGAGCAGCAGAACGAGCAGCAGAAGGAAGAGGAGGACGAGAGGGCGGAGUCGAGCGAAGACUACAUGCAAAAGCAUGGAGCUAUCGAUUCGGCGGCGAGUCGUAUGUUGAAAAAACGACCCAAUUUUGGAUUCUUCACCAAUUUCGCCAACGAUGCAAUUAAUAAGGCCAAAGAAGCUGGUGGACAGAUCCAAGCGGUCGUGUCGGAGACCCAAGUCAAGGCCUCAACAUCGACCGCCAAUAUCGCCAGCAACAAUGUGCCGAUGGGAACCACACGACCCCACAUUCCUCUCGAUGGUUUGAGUGAAGAAGAACAACGACAGAUUCUUGCCGUCAUGGCCGCCGCUGAAUCCGAAUCGACUCCAAAUAGAACUGCCCAACCAGCGAAACAGUUGCCACCACCGUCGUCAAUGCCUGGAAUGGAAGGAUUGAGUAAAGAAGAGCAACAAAAAAUCUUGUCGGUGAUGGCAAAUGCUGAAAUGGAAGAAGCUCGAACACCAGUGAGAACACCUAGUCGAUUUGUAGCACCGGCCGUUACAAGCACGCCGAUGAUCCCGCCGGGAUUGGAAGAUCUUAGUGAAGAUGAACGGCAAAAGAUACUCUCCGUCAUGGCAAACGCGGAAGUUGAAGAAUCUAAAACUCUUGCACCGGUUCGAAGUUCCGACAAAAUGCCGCCACCUUCGGCGAUUCCACCGGGAAUGGAAGGGCUUAGCGAGGAAGAAAGACAGAAGAUCAUGUCAGUCAUGGCAAGUGCUGAAGCUGAGCUGCCACCAGUCCAAUCGUCAAUCGGAUUAAAAACGCUACAACCAGUGUCAGAGCCAAUUAUUCCGCCAGGACUUGAAGCACUUAGCGAAGAGGAACGACAAAAGAUUCUCUCCGUUAUGGCAAGUGCGGAAGUGGAAGAAUCGCGCAGUAGAGUACCUAGCAGAUCGCCAAGUAUCAUCAGAAUCCCACCACCACAACCACAAGGCAUUCCACCAGGAAUGGAAGAACUUAGCGAAGAAGAGAGACAAAAGAUCUUGUCAGUUAUGGCAAACGCGGAAGCAGAUUCUAGAGUUCCUAGCAGAUCACCAAGCGUCGCCCGAAUCCCUCCACCACCUGCGAUUCCACCUGGUCUUGAAACACUGAGUGAAGAUGAAAGACAAAAGAUACUGUCAGUUGUGGCAAACGCCGAAGCAGAUUCUCGUGUACCCAGCAGAUCACCAAGUAUUGCGAUGAUGCCACCGAUUCCACCAGGACUUGAGGAGCUCAGCGAAGAAGAACGUCAGAAGAUUCUGUCGGUUAUGGCAAAUGCUGAGGCAGAUACGCAAACAACAAGCCACUCGACGAGCAAUAUCGAACUUCCUGUCGAAGUGCCGCCCGGUCUUGAGCAGCUCACCGAAGAAGAACGACAAAAGAUCUUAUCAGUUAUGGCGAACGCUGAAAUUGAAGCAAGAACUCCAAGCCGAUCGCCAAGCAUUUCGAAGAUCCCACCACCAACCGCCGCCAUUCCGCCGGGACUUGAACAACUCAGUGAGGAAGAACGACGGCAGAUUCUCUCGGUUGUCGCAACUGCUGAUGCUGACUCACGUUCUCCGAGCAGAUCGGCUAGCAUCUCACAGAUUCAAUCAUCUAAUGUGCCAACGUCUGGUGUUCAGCAGAUCAGUACCGAAGAAAGACAGCGAAUCACGUCAGUCGUGGCGAGGGCGGAGUCAGUUCCACAACCAGUCUUUUCGAGUAUCGUUGAAUUCAAAGUAGAAGAUCAAAAACCAACAGGACAUUCUGGAUUCAAACCCGCUGGAUUCAUGGAGGAACCUCAGGAUCACGAUCCGUUCGCAGAUCAGCCAAUCCAUGAUGACCGGCAUACAUCGAUCGCUUCAUCGUACGAAUCAUCAUCAUCCCCUACAAGAGAAUCUGGAUACGUCACGUCAACAUCAUAUGAAAGAGAAUUGGGCGGUGAUGAAAACCUGCUCGAAGACAUCAUCAAGAUUCGUGAAGGUGCUUGUUCGCGUCGAGAUAGUCGCGAUGAGCCUCCAACUCGUGAUAAGGAUCAUGACGUUGUGCGUACACCAGAAGAAACAAGACCGUCUUCGGAUUUCGAUUUCACAUAUUCCGAUUCGAGAUUUGCUGAGAUUGUGGGACUGCAGGAAGAGGAAGAAGAAAAACGUGAACAAGACCAGAAAGAUGAGCCAAAAACAGCGCCCACGGAAGAUAAUAAACCAAGAAUGUGGACAACGGUGUUUGAAGGCGACGAGUCUGAACUACCGAGAGAAGAUUUCGUAUUUGGAAAGCCUCCAGAGAAAGAAACUCCUAAAUCGAUUCCAAAAGAAAUUGAUGAAGUAUUUGAGAAGCCUUCAGAAUUCCAACGAAUUCGGGUCUCCGGAAAAUCGCGACCAUCCGAAGUCAAAACGAAGCCAGAUGUUAGUGAAGUUGAAAUGGAUGAGAUAUUCGAGACGGUGAAACCGGCUCGCGAAGUCGCAUUUGAUUCGAAACAGGAGCCACCGAAAAUACGAAUCACGAGUGAGGAUGAAUCGAAAUCGGAUAGCGACGAGGAAAGCGCAUCAGAAGACGAUGAAGAGUAUCCGGACAAGGUGGUCGCGGCACCGGUGGCACCUCCACCGACAUUGGAAGAAGUCGAGAAUGAAAGAAUGCGACAGGAACAACUUGGCAAAGAAGUUCUACAACAAAUCCAGGCGUUCGGUGAAGUGGCCAAUGAUGAAUUCGACGUGAAAUGGGCGAAAUCAAUCGCGGGAUCAUCGAAUUCGAUUCCACGCAGUGCUCCGAUUGAGAUUCCGAAGAGCAGAGAGACGAAAAGUGAGGAGAAAAAGAAUGCCGAUCUUCGCAAUGAGAUUCUCGAUGAACCUGAACCGCUUCCGCAUCAUGGACACAAUCCGUUCCUCGAUUCGCCGGAUAAUGAUGAAGUGACGAUCAGCAUGGAAGAUAUGGAAUUCGCAGAAAUUGCGAAAUUCUAUGAAACUGCGAAUCAAAUGAUGAGACGGCCGGGACCCGUGUAUACGAUUGCCGAAGACGAAUCGGAAGAUGAUGGAACGCUGACGAAUUCGGAAAGCCGACUAAAUGCUCGCGAGAAGCGAUUAAUGUCGCGACAAGCGGCCGAGGCACUCAUGCAGAAGUACGAAUUGAAACGGAAACAAGAGGAAGCCGCUGCAGGCGCCGCUAGCGAUCCAGCCACCUCGAAAUCUUAUGCGAUCGUCAAGUUCGCAGAUGCCGAAAAAAGAGCAGGAAUUGAACGCGAAGCGAAUUCGAAAAUCGAGCCAAAACAACACAUUUCGAAGGAACCGAAAAAGGACAUCCCGCCAGAGAUUUCUGCUUCAAUUGAUCGAACCAUGGCUGAGGUUGAGAGCUUGUUGGAUCAAGUAUACACUAGUGACAAGGCAAAACCGAAUUUGUUGUGCUAUGAUCAGAACGCCUUCAAAUUCGAUGAGGAUUCGCAAAAGAAGACUGAAAAUGCAAUUCCAACAACUUGUGCUAAUAAUGGCGACACCUCGACGUCGCCGUCGUUCCUUUUACCGCUCAAAUCGGCUCCGCUCGGAAGCAGCUUAGAAUCGGUGCAGGCCGAAAACGACGCCAACUCUCCAAGAGGCCUAAAACGCUCGCCGGGAAUGCUUCUUCCAUCUCCAAGCUUCCCACUUCCACCAGUCGCUUCUGAGUGCGUCGGAGUUGCGACAAUCGGCGCAACCACCGCUUCAAUGCUCGACAUUCCGCCGCCAACCAUUGAUAAACUCACGAACGCCUAUAAAUGGCUGCAGAAUAUCGAGGAUGAUGGAAACGUUGGAAGCAACGAGAUGGGUCGCCGCAAGCUGCCAUCGAUACCGCCCAAUACGUCGGCGUUCCCACCACCACCGCAACACACGUCGACGACGCCUUCAACCAGCACAAUUCACCAGCCACCAAUCGCUAGCAGCACUGCGAAUUCGACAAUGACAUAUGUCGAUGAGUACACUGCCACAUUGCCGAUGGAUCCGAUUCCUGUGAGUCGUCGGCAACCACACCAGCCAGCACCGGUCUACAUCACGUCGUCAGCCCCGAUUGAGAGCCGACCAAGCUCGUCAUUGUCAAUGUAUCAGCAUGAUGUGAUAAUGUCGAGACCCACUUCUGCGGCAAGCAAUUCAUCAAUGUACACCACCGCGUCAGGAAAUCCGCAAAUUCUUCCGGGAGCUUCGUAUCCGUCGAAGACUUCGAAUCAUGUCCGGCAGACGGUUUCUGUUCGGCCGACAACCAGCCUUCGCACCUCUACAACGAGGGUUCCCAACACACUUGCCCGGGUACUACUCAAAAAGGAGCUGAAAGAAGUGCUCAACCAACGAAAGCAACGUCUCGAAGCAACCGAAAUCGAGGCGAACCAACGGCACUACAAAGUUCAAAAGAUGCUUGUCACCGGAUUGCUUCCCGAGAAGUCGGAAGACGACGUUCCUCCGGUUGUGAAGUGUUCGCUGCCGGCGGAUCUUGUUCGUGGAGUUCACAUUGCCAUGCAGCCACCAUCACCUGCAGCUCCACCGCGAAGAACACCUGCCAGGAGGACCACAACUCAAGGAACUUCGACGUCGAAUCCCACAUCGACGUCGGCUCCACCGCCAACAACCAAAUCCAGUGUUGCCGUUCAAGCCGAUGAAAUUCCUCGCAUCCAUCAACCAUCGACGAGUCUUCGUGCCCAACUGAUGACUUAUGUGGGUAAAAGGAGUGCGGAGACGCAGACCGAGCAAGAAGUGCCUCUUCCCCCUCAGCGAUUCUACAGCAUGCCGAGGAGCAGCAAACGUCGCAACAAGGAUCAACAUCGGGAUCUGUUGGAAGUUACUAAACAGUACUUCGAAGACUAUGAUCGUCAAUUGCGCGAACUUGGAGAACGCGCCAAACGCUCCCAUCGUCGGCGAUUCGAUUUCCAUGACGACGAUGAUCUGACAGAAGAGAGAAAGGCGCAAGUACUUCACGAGCUCGCGAGAAGAAAAGAGAGGAUGUGCGCUAGCUGCGAGGUUUUGACGUCCGACUACAGUAGUCAUGUUCCACAUUACGGCAUGGAAUAUCCCAGGGACUUCACAUUCAGAGAUCGUGAUCUCUACCGCGAGCCGCAACCUUCCUAUUACAACUACGGAUCAUUACCGAGGAAUUUCGAACGGAACAUGAUGCCAAUUCAAAUCGAGAACGAGCAAUCGUUUGGAAUUGCCAAUGACUACUCGACCUCGAUGUACAAUCUAAACGAGCCAAGACCGUCUGAAAUGAUCAGCCAAUACGCCAGCUACCUCAACAACCAAUUCCAAACGAACACACUCCCUCAACCGAUGAUGCCCAUCACUCGCUACGAUCAGCAGCCAGUGUACAGUCGAAACGAGAUGAACUACGGAUCGCGGCCCGCGCAGAGCAGCCUCGUCGACUACGGCAAUAUGAGGCAUCCACGCAAGUCGCUGGGCGACCCAAUGCAGCUCUACGACGACAACUGGGCGAAGGACGACGCGCUGUCGCGGAUCUACGCAACCGUUGGAAGCACGAGGCGCCGAACACAAGAUCCAUUAGCUGUUUCUUCAACAAGCACUGGUUCGAAGAACUUCAAGCGUCGCGCGAUCCGACCAGUCUCUUACAGAACUCCGCAGAGCCAGCCAGAUCGCCGACCAGUUCGUCGAAAUGUCGAUGGAAAAUAUGAGAUCAAACGAAUUCUGCUUACAAGAAAUUAUAAGCAUCACAAUGUUUAUAAUGACCUCGGAAUUCGGGUUGUCGGAGGAAAAAGACAGAAAGACGGCGAACUUGCCGCCUAUGUUUCAUCAUUGAGCGGCAACAUCAACAAUUUGACAUUAGGACAAGUCAAAAUUGGUGAUGAGGUAGUCGAAUGGAAUGGUGUUCUUCUUCGCGGCAAGACCUUCGAAGAAGUUGAAAGAAUUAUCAAUGCCAGCCAUGGCGAAGUGGAGAUUCUUAUCAGAACAAUUGUCACCAGAUCGAGUUCCUCCAGUACCAAUGCAUCGAAUGAAUGGCACUUGUAA